AUGUCCUUUGUGCCGUGUUUAAAUUGUUACGAUAAAUCGUCUCAUAGAGAUUAUUUUCUUGGCUAUAUUGCUAUGAUUCAUAAUGACAUGAGAUUAACAUUUAAGGAUUGUCGUGUUUGUAUGUAUUAAAGCAAUGAAAAAAUAUCAUACAAUGUCGAUUACACUUUUAUUUACAGAACUUUAUGUCAGCUUUACAAGCGUAAUUGUCGAGUUACCGCAUUUGAUGACUGAUGAGUACAUUUUGUCACAAACAAAGUAUUUUAACCGUAUAAUUGAAAUAAUAUUAAAACUUAUAAAGGAAUGUACUUAAAGAGUAUCGCAAGUACUACAUAAGAGAAGCGGAAUAAAAAAAGUAUUUAGUGGUUCUCAUUUCAUUGAUCUUUUAAAUUGCAGAAUAUUAAUUGUGUAUAAAAUUAAGAGUAAACUUUAUAUAGUGUAUGUGCAAAACUAAUCCAGAGUCAGAGACUAUAUAUAUAGGUUUUCAGUGA